AUGAAUUUAAGGAAUAUUUAUUUUGGAAACUUUUUCGGACAUGUUUUGGAACUACAAAAUUUCUCAAAAAAACUUUCCGCUUUAAAUCUGUGUAAUAUAAAAAUUCUGGUCAUCGUUAACUGAUAUGGAAUUAUAUACGACCCAGCAAUUAAAAAUACACCCAAAAAAUUGCGUAUACCAAGAAUCCGUCUUUACGUGCAACGGUACACAUAUUGAUAUUUUCCAUAAAGGAGGCAGUAUUGAAAAAGAUUGCAAUUCAGUUCAGAAACAUGAUCUCAAAUUUAUGAAACCAUCUGAAUUAAUAAUAUCUAGCAACACUUCAAUUCAAAAUGAAAUGAGUUUUAUAAAAGAUAAAACUUUUGCCUUUAAUAAAAGUGUAUAUAAGUACUUUAAAAAGAAAAGUUUUCCACCUCAAAAUGAAAGUCAAUAUUCGAGAUUUAAAAUUUCCCUUAGAAAUAUCAUUAGGAAAAUAAUGGAAAUUUUAACGAGUAGGGAAAUUUCAAAUAACGAUUUGAUCGAUGAAACUGACGCACGGGAACCUCGCUUGGGAAUUAACUCAAAAUUUUCCAUUUAUAUUUCAACUACUACAUAUAUAGUUCAAAUAUAUCUCAAGGAAGAGGUGUUAAAGUUUGUAAUUGCGUUACGUAUGGAAAACAAGGUUUGGAAUAUAAUGAGACCAUAUUUUAAUUCCUUAACAAUUUUAAGAUGGCAAAUAUUACCAGAUUACUCUUUGAUUGCAAUACCGUUACCAAAAUGUUCUCUCAUUCGAAUACCAAUUGAACUUUUACCGAUUGACUCAAUUGGUACACCUUUAAUUUCGGAAAGAAGUAGAACAAAAUAUAUUAAUUUGAAGCAGUUUCUUUCGAAAAUCUCAAAAUAUAAAAGCAUACCUCAAAUCGGAAAAGCGUGCCAAAUUUUGAACAGAAUACUUACUUUAAAUAAUAAUAAAUUGGGUUCAACUUCCACAAAGAAUGAAUUUUUGACCUAUAGAAAACUAAACACGAGGGAGAGUGACAAGAAGCAAUUGAUUUCCCCGAUAGGAAAGUCAAAUUCAGAGCCAUUGAGUUCUAAACAACUAUCAAAUAAACAAACUUCUUCAAAUGUUUGCAAUCAACAUUUCAACGAUUUAAUAUCAAAAUUAUCAAGAGUUGAAAAUAUGAUUUGCAAUAUCAUUGAAAAUAAAAAUGAAUUCAGUCUAAUGGCCAUCAAAGACAAACUCAUAACUAACGAGUAUCAAGAUAAUUACUGUCAAAUUUCAAACGAAGAAUCUACAAUAUCAGAAAAUGAUGGUGUUAAGAAAGAACUAAUAUUGAUCUAUUCUCGGGAUCGUAAAGACAACAGAAUGAGCUGUUUUGACGAAACGAUGUCUUCUGAUAUUUUGGCCACUGGUAAUGAACCAUUAAGUUCAGAGAGAAAUUUUGAUAAAAUAUCAGUUAAAACCACCACAUCAUCAAAGCGUAGCGUUGACUUCAAACAGUUGAUUAUGUCAAAGAAACAAAACUCAGAGCAAACUCAGACAUGUACAAACAUGUCAAAUGAUUUUAAUCAACUCACACAUUCAAAUGUCUAUGUCGAUAAUAGAAGAUUGAUUCUAAACUACUCAAAUAGUGUACAAAUCAAUAUAGAAAGAUUGGGAAGGUCUGAUAGUGAUACGGCACUUCACACGUUCUGGACCGGAAGUCAAGAAUCAACUAGUGAAAUGGAAUCUUCUGAUCAAAUUUCAAGUUUGGAACAUUGUAAUUCGUAUGAUUUUACUGAUGAAGAACAAUUUACUGAAACACCUGCAGAAAUCGAUGCCCUUAAUAAUGCAAUAAUAUUAUCAUGCAUGUUUAUUUUAGUAAUAUUUCUUGGAGUGUUUUAAGGUCAAACAUCUGUGACAAAUGAAAGCCUGAAAUUAUAGAAAAAUGAAUCUUUACUUGUACUUAAGUUAACGGCUAACGCUUUGGCUGAUGUGAAUUCAAAGUCCUUCCAAAUAAUUAAUAAUGAUUUUUCAAAAAAAAAAACAUUUAUGGAAUCAUUUCAUUCCAUCCGAAAUUUGGAAAGCAAUAUAAUGGAUUAAGAAUUUGUUUAUUAC